AUGGUCACUCCUCCCCGUGUUGGUACUCUGUACCCUACCUACCGCAGCAAGUUCGGCCCCAAUGGUGUCCGUGCUGGUGGCUUCGGUGCCGCUGCUGGUAUUGCUGCUCUGUUCUACACCUCUGGCAUUCCCAGAAUACAGAAGGACAUCCUCCAAAAGAUCCCCAUCCUCGGCAACCAGUUUGUCAAGGAGGUCCACCCUGCCGACAACCCUUUCUAA